ACGAGGAUGAACUACUUGAUGUUCGACAUUUUGAUUGGUGGACCUAAAUGUAUUGGUAAUACGUGUAAUUAUGGCCAAGUUGGCCCUGAACAGCCAGCUGGAACAAGUCGGAUACCGUAUGACCUAAGAAACCGUGAUCGUGGCCUCAACUCCGCAAACCUCCCUCUCCCUCUUUUUGUCCAGAUUCUCUCUCAAGCUCCUUUCCUUUCUUUUCUUCUGGAACUCAAUUUCAUCUAUCCUCUAAUCCGUUCUCCGUCUCCAAUAUUUCAUCCCCGACUAAUCACAAUGGCUUCUCCCCGUCCCGCCUCUCCCCUGACCUCCGGCGCCGAAUCUGGCGCUGACUCCAAGUCCGCCGGUGCUGCUGCCACCGGCUCUUCCGUCAGCCGUCCCUCCUCGCCCUCUACUCCCGGCGGUCCUCGCGCUGCCAUGCGCCGCCGUGCCGCUGCCGACCACAAGGAGACUCUGCGCAAUGCCCGCCCCAGCUCCACUCGCUCUGCUGGUGCCGGUGGUUCCUCCGGUACCAUGCUGAAGCUCUACACCGACGAGAGCCCCGGUCUGCGCGUUGACCCCGUUGUUGUUCUGGUUCUGAGCUUGGGUUUCAUUUUCUCGGUUGUUGGUCUGCACGUCAUCGCCAAGGUCACCCGCAAGUUCUCCGCAUAAAUUUGAACAACCUCCCUUCUUGCACGGUCGAUAUUUCGUGAGAUAGCCUGACACGGCCCAUGUGCUCCGGGCAUUGACUACGCGAAAACUCGAACUCGAACCCCCCUCCUCCUACCACCUCCUUCUCUAUACCCUAUGAACUUUCGGCCAUUAUCUACCGAUGGCGCUUGAAUUAUUCAUUCCGAAACAGCUGGCGUGAUUCCGUUUUCAUUUUGUGGUGUUUCAUUUGCGGUUGCAAAAGAGUCCCUCAACGACCUAUCGGCUGUAUAGGUCAGUCUGGAUAGACUUGAUCCUGUGGUAUCUCUUGAUUUUCUGAUGCCAUACGUUUGUUCCUUGGCGAUAUUAUGCGCUGGAUUGAGCUGUAGCAACUAGAACCUGGAGUAUCACGGGUUCUAUCUCGACAUUGUCUGUACAAUAUGAGUCUUCAAUGUGUACCUGACAUUGAACUAACUUGGUACCCUGAAUUUUGGCUCGUUCUAUUCAUGCAUAGUUAUUCAUUUUUCAAUGUUCC